UAGCAAUGGGCUUCACACAUUGUAUAACCACUACGCUACCCAAUCGACCCACAUCACAAUGAAGUCAAGAUAGCAUAUUGUAAUCACUCCCCUCGGGCCAUAUACAGUAACCGCGUCUCUGUCAACUAUCGGGAAUUUAAAUGAUUUGGCGAAUGACAUCAUAAAUCUUAUGAUGAAAACAAGGCGUGAAUAUCUGAGAAAAUAUGAACAUAGGCAAAAUAUUCAUUCAGAAGUCAUUGAAAGAAAUGCAUUCAUGAAAGAGUUGGUUGUGACGCGGCCAUGCAAAGGUAACAUUUUAAAUGGAAUCCCAUCUACAUGGAAAUACCUAAACUAAUAUAAUUCACUUGCUAUUUGCGGUUACAGAUAAACACUGUAACUGACGAUGCAGAGAGACAACUACAUUCAUUUCUGAAUAAACAAGCGCACAUAUAAUCCUUUGCCAGGGGAAGUAACUCUGUUUUUUUACCGGAAACUGUUACCUUUUGGCGUAUUGAUAUGAUAAAUGUGAAUAGAUAUCUUUGUAAUAAUCAUUCGCUUAAACUGUUGUUAUUUAUACGAUUAAUAUAGAUCCUACAGCACCCAUCGCCUUUACAUACUUCUAUAAAACGUUUAAUGGCACGACUGAUGGACUAUAUUGUGCGUUGCUAUGGAGCGGAAGCAUUUUAAACAUGUGUUGUUAGGUCGCCGCUGUAAACGAUAACACCAACUCGUUUCCUCAUCUUUGGAGAAAGAUAAGGGAAUCGACUCGUCAAAAUGGAGGGUGUAGUCGGCGAAACUGAAGUUUUGAUCGAAGAUGCAAAUAAACACGAAGUAGACCCUAUAAACGAAGAGUCAGAAGAGAAUAUGGGAGAAAAAGGAGACGACGAAGAAAAGGCCGAAGACGAGAAUGCACUGUCAGAAGAUGCUGAAGCACUUGCCGACGAGCUAGCCAAGAUCGUUGUACAUGCUCCCGUCGCUGAACCUGCACCAAGGGAAGUUUUUGACCCAUCAGAAUUUCCAUCAUCAUACAAAGACAAUCUCCCAAAGGAAAAGCUUGUUCUUCAAUAUGCUGACAACUUCCGCAGACAGUACGUCCAUCUGUACAGAGAUAGGAAACCUCUCUUCCUCAACCCUCUGAAUGAGUUCUAUAUUGAUAAACUGGUCUGCACCACUAUCCGGCCAACUCAACUACCCUACAAGGAGCUUUAUAACUGGGAUGGUGCAGCAGAGUUUGUAGCUGACUAUCUCAACUUCCAGACUCUUGACCCACCUUAUGAGCUGCCAAAGAUCUUACUUUCCCCUUCGACUGUCCUGAAGCGUCAGAAAGGCAACUGUUUUGAGUACAGCACCCUACUAUGUUCUCUGCUGAUUGCUGCUGGAUAUGAUGCAUAUGUGGUCAGCGGAUAUGCCACUCGGGAGACAUGCCUGGCUGAUGAGUCACGAGAGAUAUGCCCAAUGCUUAAGAAGAAAGAGGAGACAAAAGAAGAAGAGAAGAAGAAGGAAAUGAAGAAGUACACUGUGAAGCCACCUCGUGAUCUGCGAAGUAAGUUCGAGCUGAAACAGGAGAGGAGAAGACAGGAAGAACGUAAGGCAGAGGAGGAGAAGAGGAAGAAAGAGGAAGAAGAACGACUAGCUGCACUGGAGAUGCCUCCCACCGACCCCCUCCACGGGCUGAGGAUUCACUCCUGGGUUCUCAUCCUGUCUGGGAAACGCGAGGUCCCCGAGAGCUUCUUCAUCGAGCCAUUCACUGGUCUAUCACAUGAAGUGGACAGCCCCAACUACCUUGGCAUUGAGUCAGUGUGGAACAACGUCAACUACUGGGUCAACAUGCAGGACUGUUCCGAUGGAGUCAAGGGUCUGUCCUAUGACCUGGGAGAUUGUACGAUGUGGGAGUACAUGUUCCCAGGUGUGGACAAGCACCUGCUGCAGAUCCCGGAGACUGAGGAAGAUCUCAUGGAUGGCCUGGAUGACGAUGAGGAGAGUAAAGAUGAUGUAGAGAAGCACCUUGACAUGCCCCCUUCCUGGGUGGAACCCCUUAGACUCUCCCUCAGAGAUUUUGAAAUGCGUUGUCCACAAGGAAAAAAGACGAAGCUUUACAAGCGAGCAAAGCUGGAGAAGUUUGCCCACUAUCUCCUCAACGAUGGCCUCGUGUCCCGACUGUCUGUGUACGAUGACAAAGAAUUGACUGACCUUGUCCUUGUAAAGGAGUACUAUGCACACCGUAAGGAUAAGCUCCACACAAGGGUACACAACCACCGCACUGGCUGGGUCACGGAGUUCUUCAACCCUGGUCGAGUCAAAUGUGUUAAAGAGCACCAGUACAAGGCCAGCCAGCCAGGUCCAGAGAAUGAGAGGACAAUGACCUUCCACAAUGAUGCCCGAGUCGAUGGACUGGUCAAACGUAUUGAGACCCCGACUGAGAUGACCGAGCAUUUCAAAGACAGAGAUGACUUCCUCUUCUACAAACAUGUAGUCUUUAAUAAGAGACAAAAGAGAUUUGGCCCACAGGAAGGAUCCUCAUCUGCCAACCAGAGACCAAUAUUGAAAAUGACACAGAAAUUCCACAGAAACAGAUCCAAACCGGCCAACUGUGACAUUGCAGAAUUGAUCUUUGCCAUGUCAGAGGACAAGGUCUUCCUGACGUAUCACACAGAGGACAAGAGAAUCGCCUCGUCCAAUGAUCCAGUAGCCCCAGUAGCCCCAGUCUACUUGUCCCAGUCCACUGAUCCAGAUGCCCAAUGCCCAGUAGCCCCAGUCUACUUGUCCCAGUCCACUGAUCCAGAUGACCCAGUAGCCCCAGUCUACUUGUCCCAGUCCACUGAUCCAGAUGCCCAUUGUCCCAUGAAGCUCUGUUAUCCCUGUUUCCAGGUGGAUCCCAAUGCUCCCUACAAUAAGCAGGUGGAGCUGUACCAGACUCUGCUGGAACUCCUCAAGGCUGAGGAACUCUGCCGGGAGCGUCUCCGAGAGUCUGAGGAGGAGGUGAAGGAAAUCCUAGAUGAGAGAACCAAGGAGGAGAGUGACUCGGAGCUGGAGAUUUCCGUGUACGAUACAGAGAGGAAUGAGAAGGCAAAGAAACACAGGAGAGAGAUGGAACGUCUCAAGCUGGAGGAGAAGAUGAGGAAGCAGGAGAUGGAGAUCGACUACCUGGCUCCCUUCCUGGCCCAGAUCGGUGACCCCGACAAGAUAUCUCGCACCCAGGCCUACAAGCUGAAGGAGGACUGUCUGGCUGACCUCAAGCAGAGGCUCAUUGACAAGGCCAACCUCAUACAGGCCAGGUUUGAGAAGGAGACCCAGGAACUGCAGAAGAAGCAGGGUUGGUACCAGCAGAACCAGGUGUCCAUGCAGAAGGAUGACGAGGAAGAGUACCUCAACUACUGCAGCGAGGCCAUGUUCCGCAUCCACAUCCUCGAACUCCGUCUCAACAGACACAAGGAAAUGGCUCCACACAAGUACAUGGCUCUGGAACAGAAGCUGCGGAGUGACAACCGUCUGACCGAGUACUUCUAGACGGACAUUGUACAGACAAGCACAAGCCCAUCUUUGUUAUAUUCCGUCCAUGUUUUAGAUUCAUUUGUGAUACAUACCACUCAAAAUGUGUUAGGAACCCCCCGAUUCUUUCCUAUCACACAAUUUAGUCUGUCAUGGUAUGAAAGAUUAGCUACUGUAAUGUGAAAAAAUCAUAUGUUCUUUAAUUGUUUUGAGUGGUAUAUUUUGUCAUGGCAUAUUGUUUCAUCCCAGUAAUGUCUGUGAUAGCUUCAUAAACUGUUGGGGAACAUUCAGUGUGGGUUAUUUAAGUUUGGCUUCACACAAAUGCCUAAUAUGAAUACUACAUCUGAGAUUGUAUAAACUUUUGAACAUAAGGUCAGAAGAAUUUUCCCAAACUGAAUUAAACAUUUUACUAUAUAUUUGUAUUAUGUGAGUU